AUGAUCGUCAGCCCAAAGAUGGUAGCGGAAGCGGAAAUUAUCUGUCAGCAGAGCAUUCCGAUGCUGGACGUCAAGUAUCAUAUUUGCGUGGCGCAAGAACACAAGGUCGAGGUUGAGGUUUCGCCCAAAUCGCCUUCACCUUCUGUUCCGAUCUUUGGCCAAGCAGUGAAUCGCCCUGAUAUCAUUGAAGAUUCCAUUUUGGAGACCCCUGCAGUGAGUUUUAUCCCGAAUGUGCGUUCCGGUAGCUAUACUGAGAUUGGGCCUCGGGUUUCUAUGGAUGAUGAGCACAUUUGUAUUGAUGAUCUAGGUGCUCAUCUUGGAUUUGUGCUCAAGUGCCCAAUACGGAGUGCGUUUUAUGCAAUUUUUGAUGGUCAUGGAGGGCCUGACGCUGCUGCUUUUGUCAAGAGACAUGCUAUGAGAUUGUUUUUUGAAGAUGCGGACAUGCUGCAGUCAUAUGAUACUGAUGCGUUCUUUCUAGAGAAGUUGGAGGAUUCCCAUAGGAGAGCUUUCCUACGGGCAGAUCUUGCCUUGGCUGGUGAACAAUCUGUUAGUAGUUCAUGUGGGACCACUGCAUUGACUGCCCUUGUACUUGGAAGGCACUUGCUUGUUGCUAAUGCUGGUGACUGUCGAGCAGUUCUUUGCCGGAGAGGUGUGGCUGUUGAUAUGUCUAAUGAUCACAGGCCAAGUUUUCUGCCGGAACAGAGGAGGGUGGAGGAGGUAGGUGGAUUUAUUGAUGAUGGAUACCUCAAUGGUUAUCUUUCAGUAACCCGUGCCCUUGGGGAUUGGGACUUGAAAUUUCCACUCGGUGCUGCAUCUCCUCUUAUUGCUGAGCCAGAUGUUCGACUGGCUACAUUGACUGAGGAGGAUGAAUUCUUGAUCAUUGGGUGUGAUGGGAUUUGGGAUGUAAUGUCUAGCCAAGUUGCAGUUAGUCUUGUUCGCCGAGGAUUAAGAAGGCAUGAUGACCCACAGCAGUGUGCCAGGGAACUAGUCAAGGAAGCAUUGCGCCUAAAUACAUCGGAUAAUCUCACUGUGAUUGUUGUAUGUUUGUCGCCCAUUGAAAGCAUUGUUGAAUCAUGUUCGCCCCGAAGGCGAAGAUUCAAAGUUUGCAGCCUGUCUGAAGAGGCCCGAAAUAGGUUGAAGAGCUUGAUUGAGGGAAAUUGA